AUGAGAAGCAUUGAAAGACCUCGAUAGUAAAUUAAGUACUUUUAAUAAUUAACAAGGUAAUUUAGCAAUCAAGAGGUUUCAACAAAAAAUUAAGUAGCCUAGCAGCCUUUAAGUUUUGGUAAAGUUGCUCUCCUACUCUAUCUCUUCAUGCUUUACAUUUUAGUGAUUAUCUCUGUUACUAUAGUAGCUAUUUUAAAAAAUUAAGAAUAAGAAUAAGUGAUUAUUCUAUGCAUUUUAAUAAUCCUAAUAUAAUCAGCUCUUUUUGGAUGUACGGUGUACGUAAAAUUGCAAAUAUCAGAAGCUUAAGAUAGAUGGUAUAGAGUAGUUUAAGAAUCUUAAAUGAAUAAAUAGGUUUACUCAUCUUCACACAAUUUUUACUUACUAUAUACUGACCAAUCUAAAUUUACUAUGAGUAAGUUAAUACAAUUAUAUUGUUCAUUUGCUUUGUUAUUCUUGAUAUUAAAUAUCAUUGAUAGGAACUAUUAUGAUUGCAACGAUAAAUAACAGAAUAGGAAAUACAUAAAUUCCAAUAAUAAAGAUUGCAUCAAAUAUUCAGUUAAACCAAAGUUUGAAGGACCUAUGCUAAUUCCACUAUCAGUAUUAUGCAUAAUAUAGCUGGGUUUAUUAUUAGGAUAUUAAAUAUCUGGUGUUUAUUUGAAAUUAGAAAUUUUGGUCAAAAAGUGCUAAUGGCCUUCUUAUUAGUAUAAUAAUUAAAAUUUAAGUAAAUGUUAGUCUAUUCAAUAGAUAUUACAAAAACAAUAAUUUGGAGUAAAGUAUUUUGUAUGGUUUUUUUACUUAAUUCUAUCGGAAAAUUUGUAGCAUUAGUUAUAAUUCUAAUUUAAACUCAGAAUGAAACUUCAAAAAUUUUAAUUUAUUCGAAUUUAUUUUAUCAUGCAAUUAUGAUAAUAUUCAUCCUAAUCAUAUUCAGAACUACUUCAUCAUGUAAAAAUAUAAUUUAAAAUUUAUAAGUAAAUAAUGGUCAAUAACAUGAUGAUUUAUAGUUCAUCAAUCAUUAAAUUUUGAUAGAAUCCUUAUUAUAAAGAAAUAACACAACAAGAUUAUUAUUUAAGCUUUUUUUAGUAUUGUCAUGUAUUUUUACUGCAGUCGGUAUUAUGUUGUUUGAAAUUUAAAUGGAAAUGACUGAUGUAGUAAUAAAUUAUGAUAUAUUUAUCGUUUAUGAUUGUGCAAUAGCAUAAUUAGUAUUGAUUGGUUUAAUGAUUAUAAAAUACUUAAUAUUUCCAAUAUUGGAUUUUGGAGACGUUAUUUAGAAAUUUGAAAAUUAACCAUAAGAAAAUUAUGAAUAAUAAGUUUAGACUGUAGAAUAAUAAUAAAUGCUUAUACUUGUGUAAAGAUAAUAAGAAAUAAAUAUUAUUCCUAUUAAUAAUCCAGUUAUUCUUAUUGAAAAUAAUAGAUCCAAUUAAUAAAAGCUUCCACCUUUAUCAACUAUAGAAGAUAAUUUUAUUUUUCAAGUAGAGCUAAAUGAGAAAUUAGAUUGCACAAUUUGUCUACAAUAAUUGAUUUAAUAUUCAGCUACAAAUCGAGUUGUAUAAUUAAAAUGUCAUAUAAAUCAUAUUUUCCAUUAAAAAUGCAUCACAAAUUGGUUGAAUCAGAAUAAAAAAUGUCCAAUUUGUAACACAGAAUUUUAAUGA